CAAUAUUAUUUUACGUGUUGGCUAAUGAAUAUAUUUUGGAACCAUCAUUAGCAAAUGAUAUGAGGAAUAAGUGGCAAAAAAGUUGGGCAGACUGUCAACUAACAGAAAGUAUGCAAUUUGUUAAGAAGGCCCGCGGUAUUCUUUGUUUAAAAAGUUUUUUUAUCAGUUUAGCCUUAAAAAAUAAAUUUUUCCAAGUUUUUUAAUACGGCAUUAUAAGUUGUUGCUCACCAUAUGUUUAUUGUUUACAUAUAGUGGAAGCCAGAUGUUCUAUUGAUAUCAAAUAAAAUCUGUCAAAAAACUAUAAAUAUCAUAAAAGAAUUGUUGCGAUUUAAAUCAACAUUUAAGUCGAAUAUUAUACUAUAUCAAAAGUAAAAUUCAGUCCCCGUGUAUCUUUCAAAUCAAAAAAUUCGAUACCGUGGAGUAUGUCCAGUUCUAGUUUCAAAGCGCCUUCGACAGAAUUUGAUGCCAAAUAUGGUAUUUUAAAUUUAAAUACCCCUCCACGCUCACCAAUGUGCGGCCGCUAUAAACAGAGUUUCGCUUAUUAUACUUUGCGCUCUCGACUACCAGUAACACUUACAAGUAUAAUUGACAGUAUAACAAAAGAUAAGGAUGAGCUGAUAUCAAAGUACGGUGAGGAAUCGCGGGAAGAAAUUAAAAAUAUUAUUGGUUCCAUAUCAAAAUUGAAAUAUCAACUUCAAACUGAUAAAGCUCUUGAACCUUUUGUGGGUAAUGAACCUGAUAAAGAAAGUUGGAACAACUUUAUAAGAAAUAUGGGCGAAGAAAAUAAUAGUUUUUUCAAAGCUUGCUGGCUUUACGCUGAGUGUUAUAUGUAUCGUCGAUUAUCUUCAUUUUUCGAAAACUCUCAAACUUUAACCAGUUUUGACUAUUUUGCUAAGCAAAAACAAAAUGCUCUCAUUAAUUCAAUUGGCUGUAUUCAGGAAAUUCUGACUGUUCUUCAAGGUAUUAAUGUCACUUAUGACUCAUUUCGACUGAUGCUUAAGCUUAAUUUGUGGGGCAAUCGCUGUGAUCUAUCCAUUACAUCCGGUAAGCAGGUCCAACUUGGUAACAACCCUUUUAAUCUUAUACGAAGCUUUGACAAUAAAAUCCUCAUCGAUAACUCGGAGUCAGUUUUUGAAAGUCUAAAAUCGGAAAUUAGCAAUAAACCAGCUAUUGUGGAAUUCGUAUGUGACAAUGCUGGAUAUGAACUUUUCACUGAUUUUGUCCUUGCUGAUUAUUUGAUAAAAAGCAAAUUAGUGGAAAAAAUUCGUUUUAAUUUGAAGCCCAUUCCUUGGUUCGUUUCCGAUGCUACAAUAAACGAUUUAAAUUGGAUAUUGCACUAUCUUCAAAAUCAUUCUAUACCUAUUUUAAAAGAAUACGGUAAAAGAUGGCAAGAUUUUCUGAAUGAUAAAAUAUUUGAAAUAGCACCAUUGGAUUAUUUUUGGACAAGCCCUUAUGAAUACUAUAGAAUGUGCAAAAUUAACCCUGAAUUGUAUGAGAAAUUAUCGGAAUCCCGCCUGGUUAUUUUUAAGGGAGAUCUUAACUACAGAAAACUAAUUGGAGAUUUUUCAUGGAGCUGUACUGAACAAUUUAUAACAUGUUUAAGAGGCUUUCUGCCAACGGAUUUUGUAAGCUUAAGAACCGUAAAAGCUGAUUUAAUUUGUGGCCUAUUAGAGGGACAAGCAGAAAAGGUAUUUGAAAUUGAUCAGAACUGGAUGACGACUGGAGAGUAUGGCACUAUACAAUUUAUAAAUAAACCGACCAUAUAUGACAAAGAAACCAUAACAAAUUCUUUAAGUGUGCAAUUUUCAUCUACAUUACAAUUUCAUAAAAACAGGAUAAUGGCAAGUGAAGUUUUGUGUAAACCGGACCCGUUAUACAUCAUGGAUAUUAAAACUCCACGGCACAAUUUUCUUUCGGCUCGAUAUAAACAGAGUUUUGCCUAUAAAACAAUGAAAAUCCGAUUGCCGCAAAUAUUGCAAAAUACUAUUGAAGGCAUAACAAAGAACUCCGAUAAUAUAACCGCUGAGUUUGGAGAGGUAAUUCGAAAGGAUAUCCUAACUAUUGUAGACAAGAUUUUACAGUUAAAAUAUGAACUGGAAAACGAUCAUGUCAUGGAAACAUUUGAGGGAAUCGAAGGGGACAAGAUGCUUUGGAAUAGUUUUCUGAAAGACCUGGAUAAUGACUCAAACACAUUUUUAAAAGCAUGUUGGCUGUAUUCUGAAUGUUAUAUAUACAGACGUUUGUAUUACUUUUUUGAAAAUCAUAGAGUGCUUAAAGCAUACGAUUAUUUUUCGCAAAACAAGCAAAAUGCCUUUAUAAUUAGCGUAGAACCAAUGCUUGACAUUCUUCAUGGUCUUGAAAGCAUGAAAGCCAACAUAUCCGAUGAUAAUUUAAAAAUUUUAUUGAAGCUCAAUUUAUGGGGAAACCGAUGUGACUUGUCCAUAUCCACCGGUAAAGAAGUAAAACUUAAUGGAAAUCCAUUCGAACAUGUUAAAAACUUAGAUAAAAGAGUAAUUAUUGAUGAAAGCUCUCAAGUUAUUGAAAUCUUGAAAUCAGCAGACCGGCGAUAUGCUAUCGUUAUUGAAUUUAUUUGUGAUAAUGCAGGUUAUGAGCUUUUUACUGAUUUCAUACUCGCCGACUAUUUAAUCGAAAGUAAAUUAGCUGACAAAGUUCGAUUCAACUUGAAAGCUAUACCUUGGUUUAUAUCAGAUGCAACUGUCAACGACUUUCGUUGGAGUUUACAAUUUAUGAAAGAUCAUACAACGCCUGUUUUACAAGAGUAUGGGAAAAAAUGGCAAAAAUUUGUUGUAGAAAAUAAAUUCGAAGUGGCUAAUAUUAAUAAAUUCUGGACAAGUCCAUAUGAAUAUUAUAGGAUGUCUGAAAUUGAUCCAGAUUUAUAUAAAAGGCUCUCUGUAUCACAUUUAGUAAUUUUCAAAGGCGAUCUUAAUUACCGAAAACUUAUCAGUGACUUCUCCUGGGAUUUCACAGAAUCAUUUGAAAAAUGUCUGAGAGGCUUUCGGCCGACAAAUAUUUGCAGUUUACGUACGGUCAAAGCAGAUUUGAUAUGUGGACUUUUUGAAGGGCAAUCCGAUAUUUUAGAAAAGGAAAGUAAAGAUUGGAUGAUAACUGGUGAAUAUGGGACUAUACAAUUUGCAUCAAAAUCAAAUAUUUAAGUGAUACGUAAUAAGUAGUGGCAUACGCUUUAUAUUGAGUAUAAGAAAAGAAACAUAUAAUAAAAUUGUCAAAUACUGGAUAAAUUAUAUUAAAAAUCAAUUAUAUAUGGAAAU